AUUCUUGUUAAAGUUUGCAGCCCCAGCAGCUGCCAGCUGAGCAGCAGUCUAUAGAGCAGGGAAGCUUUGAUAAUUCUGCCACCUAGUUUCCCAAUGCAUUAAUUGCUGGAAAGCCUGGACUGUGUAGGAGCUGAGGAGAAGCAACAGGGGAUUGAUUGUGGAGAGGUGUGUUAGGUGUGAGCUCCAGUGACAGGGAAGAUACAUGUAGAAUGGUCUGUAUUAGGCACAACAUCACUUGUGCUGCUGCUAUCUGCUACCUGCCCCUCUCUUUUCUAGGUGGCUGAAGAGAUCCUGCACAGAGGGGAGAAGGAGCCUUUUUAUUAUCUUUUUUAUUUUUUUUCUUGAAGCCAUAGCCAAGGUGAACUGCAAAUCUUGGGCAGUGGUAGAGGGAGCAGCCAAGUGACACAGGAGAAUUAAUCCUUUCAUCAAUCUGAUCAUGGAGAUAAAGGAGGAAAGGACUUGUGCUGCAGCCCAGGAUCUGAUCUCUCCUGCUGAAGGGGAGAAUGCUGUUGUAUCACAGUGUACAAGGAUUCAGAGAACUUUAGCUGACCCGAAACUCGAGUUUGCUCUUGCAUGCAAGGAUUUACUGACCGCUGCUCGUGAUGGAAAGCUAAACACAUUUGUACAGAUCUCGGUGGCACGUCCAACAGAGCAUAAUUUAACCAGAUAUGCCAACACAGAAAUAGUAGAGGGAACAAGAGAUCCACUGUUUCUGACUGGUGUGACGUUUCCCUCGGAGUAUCCCAUCUACGAAGAAACUAAAAUAAAGCUCACGGUGUAUGAUGUCAAGGAUAAGUCUCAAGAAACUGUUCUUCCAGAAGGCAGUGAUCCAAGAACGAACAGUGGGAAGAGUUUCCUGGGCUGCAGCACAUUUAAAGUGAAGGAUCUGGUCAAAGCAAAGGAGCAACCAUUGUCUCUCAAUCUCAAGACCUUAAAUGGUGGAAAGAAAAUUGGCAAUAUUGAAGUAAGUCUGGUGACCAUGGGGGAGAUUCAGAAUGGGGAGGCAGAUCACAUUACAACAGAUGAACAAGGACAAAAGUGCGCCUUAGUGUGUGAGUGCUCUACACCAGAAAUGAUCAGUGCAAAUGAUAAUCUGCCUUUACUAAAUUCAGUGUUGAAGAAUCCCAUCUACAAGUUCUACAGAUUCCCUGCAUCAGACAACAAGUGGAUCUGUGUUCGGGAGCAGAUGUCAGAGAGCAUCAUGUCCUUUCAUAUCCCAAAGCAACUGCUUACUCUCUACUUAAAAGAAGACACCAGAAGAAUCGAGGAGCUGAAGGAACUUGGGGACCUCUCUCCACACUGGGACAAUCUACGGCAAAGUGUUAUAAAUCAUUAUGAAGAAAUGUUGAGCGACUACCAGGAAAGCCUGGCAGAGCUUGAAAAAUAUACAGGGUCUUCUUUCAAAUCCAGCUGCACGAAAGGAGAAAAGAGUCUAGAAUUUGUUCCAAUUAAUCUCCAUUUACAAAGAAUGCGUGUUCACAGCCAAAAGUUAAAAGAUGCCCUGUACGAUGUUAUUACCAUUGGUGCCCCAGCAGCACAUUCUCAGGGAUUUAAGAGCGGAGGCCUUAAGAGACUCCUCACUAGAUUUGAGGCCGAAAAACGAAACACUGGGUACCAAUGUAUUUACUAUUCACCUGAGAACACGGCAAAAGCGAAAGAAAUUUUAAGCAACAUCAAUCACCUGCAGCCUCUUGUAUCAAGCCAUACAGACCUCCUGCUUAAUUCAGCAAGACAGCGCUCGGCAGACAGCCUCAAAAAUUCUUUAAAAGUACUCUCGGAAACGACGGAGAUGUUUGUACAUUCAUUUAAAGACCAGUUAGUCAGCAAUGCUCUCUUAGCGCUAUACACGGCGCGGCCGGGCUGUGCAAACAUGAAGCUUACAGACCCAAGAAAUAGUCCGACUGAGAAUGAUCUCCAGGGCCAAGAUAAUCCAGUCCCAAUAAGCAGACAAGACUCUAUUCCUCACCAUUCAGAAUAUGAUGAGGAAGAAUGGGAUAGGGUGUGGGCCAACGUAGGGAAGAGUCUUAAUUGCAUUAUUGCCAUGAUCGACAGACUACUUGAACAAGAAGAAAGCACAAAAGAUAGCAAACCAGACUCUUUAAAUGAAGAGCUCAUCACAUCGCACAUAAAUGAAGACUGGUAUGAACAGCUCUACCCUCUGAUAAUUACACUAAAAGACUGUGUAGCAGAAGUAGUGGAUAAGGCAAAGACAUCAAUGACUUUUGUUGUUCUUCAAGAACUGGCAUGUGAUUUGCCCCAAUGCUUGCGCCUCACCUUCAGAAGAGACAUGAUUUUCAGCCAAGCGCUUUCAGGAUUGGUUUGUGGAUUUAUAAUAAAGCUGCACUCGAGUUUACACAAUCAGGGCUUUUUACAACAACUUCACACCGCGGGGUUACUGGUGCAAUAUGAAAGUCUUCUGAGUACAUACAGCGAAGAAGUGGGAAUGCUAGAAGACAUGGCUGUUGGCAUUUCAGAUUUGAGGCACGUAGUAUUUAAAAUAACUGAAGCUACAUCGGAUGACUUUCUUCCUGUUGUGACUGGGAGACGGGAGCACUAUGAGGUUGAGGUCAAACUUCCAACCAAAAUGUUUGAGCUUCUGCCGCAAGAGAUAAAAGAUGGAAAAUCGCUGAGAGUUUACCCAGUGCUUUUUAAUGUUGGAAUUAAUGAGCAACAAACAAUCGCAGAGAGGUUCGGCGACACCUCCUUACAAGAAAGUAUAAACCAAGACAAUGUGGAAUACUUGGAAGAAUAUUACAGACUGUGCACAGAUAAAACAUCUCCAGGCUGUCCACAGUUGUUCCAGGAACAAAGUGAUCUGAAGGAGCUCCUUGAAAACCUUCACCAAAACACUCAUGCCAAAAAAAGGAAGAAUGUAGAAAUAAUGUGGAUGGCGGCUACCAUUUGCCGGAAAAUGAAUGGAGUUCGAUUUACCUGUUGCAAAAGUGCCAAGGACCGGACUUCUAUGUCAGUCACUUUGGAGCAGUGCUCUAUCUUAAGAGAUGAACAUGACCUCCACAAAGACUUCUUCAUCCGGGCUCUAGACUGCAUGAGGAGAGAAGGAUGCCGCAUAGAGAAUGUGAUGAAGAAUAUCAAAUGCAGAAAGUAUGCUUUCAACAUCAUACAGCUGCUGACAUUCCCAAAGUACUACAGACCUCCAGAGGGGACAUAUGGAAAAGUUAACAAUUAAGUGCACUUAAGAGAUCCGACUUGUAGACCAUAUCACUAAAAUACAUAGACUCGACAAGUUCGCUCAGUAACAUAAAGUGUAACAUUCCUCAGCUAGAAUGUAGGGAUCCUUACUUAAAGUAUUUAAAUCUUCGUUUCAAUGUAGAUCCAUACAGAAUGUUUUUUUUUACCAAAACAAAUAUACACAAAAACUCCACGUAACAGUUCACAUUAAAAUGCAAAUGAAACUUGCCAAAUUUUCCAAGAUUGUGUUUAGUAGAAAAGACAAGGAUAUAACAUUAAAGGUUCCUCCUUAUUAUAUAAAAAAAAAAACAUCAACGCAUUUUAAAGCUGGUUGUAACCAGUCAUCUUUGAGGAGCCUCAACUUUUUUACUUUGUAUUCAGUUUACCUCAAUUGUCAAUUUAGCCUCCGAAUGUAUCUAGUUUGCGCACAUUGUUUUGAGAGAAAAUAAUAACCAAGUGGCAUACCAAAUCUAUAACUUGUACAUAGUUAUGUGCUAUUUAUUUGUAAAUGUGACAGAGACCUAAGCCAUGUCCUUUCUUGGCUUUUUGUUCAACAGAUGGAGGCAUUCUCACAUAUAGCAGACAUUGCUUCAUGACUUGAUAUUGUAGCAUACCAAUAAACUAUAGAAAAACAUUUGAAAGUUUGUAUUCGGCCAUGUGUAAUUUCACUGUCACAGGUACAUGCCGAAAUAUUUAAUAGCUUUACUUUUGUUACUAAAAUUGAAGCAUUGGUUGAAGUUUAAUUUAGACUUUUUGUUGUGUUUUAGUGUUAAAUCCAGUGGAUUUUUUUUACCUUUUAUACUACUUUAGAAACAAAAUAGCCAGCUGGUCUACAACUGAUGAAUAUGAAAGUAACUCCAGCUGGUAUUUGGAGUUAUUUCCGCACUCUUCAGAGUCUGGCUGUGAUUUUUCAUACACUUUGACGUAAAUAGUGUCAGGACUGGCUUAUCUUUCAUGCCAUUUGCUUGUGUACACAUUACUUUUAUGUCAUAAUGAAAAUGUUUGAAUGCAUUAUUUUGUAUUUGAUGUUUUGAUUUUUGCCAUCUUCCAUUGUGUUUCCCAUAUAGUCAUCAUUCACUGUACAUCAUGUGUAUGUUUUUCUAUUAUUAUAAUUUAAAUAAAUAUUUUUGCUGUUUAUGUUCAUUUAUUUUUUAUGACACAAGAGAAUAAAUGACAUAUUGCAUACCCAUUUUUCCAUAUUUAAAGCAUGUGUUUAUUCAUAGACAUUAGAAUUUUGUUAUAGGAUCUUGUAUGGGUGAUAGUGAACCUCACUGGAAAUAUUUUCUAAGAGUUAAAAAAAAAAAAAAAAAGUUUUCAUAGUUUUUUUUAUAUUGCCCAAAGCAUAACUGGUGUCUGUCAGAGGUUUAUCCAUCCUCCAGUCUUAUUAUAGAUAAAGAUUAUAGAUAAAUUACAUCAUUCUGGCUGCCUAGAGAGUUUACUGUAAGAGUUUACUGUAUGCUGUUUCAUUACUAAAUGCAUAACUAGCGUGCAGUC